UGACUUUUGGGGUAGGAUGUACUCGGCAUGGUACCUGUGCAGUAGAGGCCAGAGACAAUCGCCUAUAGACCUACGUGCUGAAAACCUAGUCUACGAUCCAAACCUUCCACAUCUCGAAGUAGAAUCACCCAUCGAAACGAAUGGGAUUGUAAAUAACACUGGUCGAGGAAUAUCGUUCUUCCCGGAUCCUUCAAACGUCACAUACAUAUCACGAGGGCCUCUGAGUUACCGCUAUCGUCUCGUCGAAAUUCGGCUGCACUUCGGGGGCGAAAACAAUCAUGGGUCAGAACAUACCGUCGGGGGUCGAGCUUUUCCGGGCGAGUUGCAAUUGAUAUUUUUCAACGAUGAUCUGUAUGAUAGCUAUGGUCAGGCCGAAAACUCACCAAACGGAUUGGCAAUUAUGGCAUUAUUCAUUAAGGAAGGCAAUUUGACUGGUCGAGAAUUGGGCAAAUUAGCAGGAAUUCGAGUUCUUAGAUAUUUGGUUUACAAAGGUAGUCAAGUUAAUGUCACGGGCCUCAGCAUACCCCUACUUCUACCAGAAACCAAAGAAUAUAUGACGUAUGAGGGCUCAAUAACCACGCCCAGGUGUACAGAGACUGUUACGUGGAUCAUAUUCAAUAGACCAGUAUACUUCACAAGCUAUCAGCUAGAUACACUAAGGGAACUUGUGAGUACAAGACGCGGAGAGCAGACUGAGCAAAUAUUACGUAAUUAUCGUCCAACCCAAAGGAUCGGGACGAGAUCAGUUCGGACAAACAUCGUACAAAAAUACGCAGGUGGAAAGGACUGCCCGCUACAUAGGAGGGAAUAUUCGUAUAAAACUCUCAUUUCAAGAAGGUGAAGACACGAGAAUAUCGUACAAUAUGUUAUCUAAAGUCCUCCAUCCGGAUACCUCUCGUAGCGCCCUCUCUCGAAUAGCAAGCGCCAUGGGAUCCCUCUCCGAAAUCAUAAUGGCUAAAAAACCAGAAACAGAGUGACAGUCUGUUCCAUCAUCAGACCACUGUUACGAUAUAACCCCCGGCCAUGUCUGCAAUGUGAGACCAGUUCGAAAGAGAGUUCACGAUUUCAGGACAGGCAUUCUCGCAGAUGGAGAUCAUACAAAGCAUGAAUGUUGUCUCAUCAAAAGUUGAAAAACUACGGAAGGUGUAAAAAGUGCCAUGGACUUGACAAAUUGGCGAGAUAUCUUAUAUUUUCAUGUCGACUUAGUAGCCUUAUUAUGUUGACGAGGCAAGAUACGUUAUCUUGCCAAGCUGACGUAGAAAAAAAUAUUUGUAGUUAUUGCCAAAAUUGCCCCCCAAAAGCUGAAUGUGAUGAAAUAGUUAUUAUGGCGAAACACUUAUCCUGUCAUAAAGGUUGACAUGAAGAGAUACUUCUACCAUGUAUCUUGCGACAUUGACAUAUCUGUCUCGCAUACACCUGCUUGUAAGUCAACUUGGAAAGAUAAUGUAUCGCAAUAUGUCGACAAAAAAAAUUGCAAGUCGAUUUGGCAAGAUAACAUAUCUCGCUAUGUUAACAUAGAAUGCUAUUAUAAGAUGACUUGACAAGAUAGCCUUCUCGCAAUGUCGACAUUACAUAACAUAUCGGUAAUUGUGUCGACAUGGGGAAAUAAAAUAUUUCACCAAUUCAUCAAGGUGAUGUUAUAUACUUUAAAGCAUCCAAAAGAAACAUCAUAUCCUGUGUUUUACAACUAUGAGCGCACGGGCCAAAUGACGUUUAUGUACCAUUCACACAAUGGAAACGAUUCCACAUCGACCUAAGCCAUUAUUUCCAAUGACAUACCAUCGGUCGGUUUGGAGUCUGUUUCGUAGAUGUGACUGUAGCAUAAAAGUCAGAAUCAACAGUACCAAUCACCGAACGCUCCGACUGGAAUGCUUUCUUCUGCGGAAAAUUCUUCGUAGUAAAAAAAAAAAAACGACGAAAAUAUCCCCUUCCUUUUCUUCAAUCAAACUGUAAAUUUGGUAUGCCUCGUGAUUUAUAUCCAACGAUAUUUUGCUAACGAGACUUAUAAUCAAGGUGCCGUAUGCUAGUCAAUAAAGUAGCUUAGAUGUUUGAUUUUAUAUAUCCUUUGAAAACAUUUUUGUGUGCCACUUACCUUCUACGAACUCCGUUAUUUAUUAAUGUUAAUGAAUAUACGAUUAUGUUAAGAUAAUAUAAGCAUGUACUGUUAUGAUUCGUUCUAUUACGCCCUUUCGUAUUCGCUUAUAUUCCAGUCUAGUUUGUAGCAUUCCACCCAUGUAAAUGGAACAUAGAAGGGGUUGUAUCCCAUUGUUUGCUAUGAUAAUUUUGUUAUAUUCCAUAUAAUUAUGAUUACACUAUUUACUGUUCAUUUCAAGAAAAGCCCAUUACACAAAGAGCUGAAGUUAAUGACAACUCCCCCAAUAUCGUUUGCAACUUGAAUUGGAACCAGUCCGAAUUAUGCAUAUGGUACAUGAAUUUAAUUUUAGUUGAAGUUAAAAGCAACCCUUUUUGUAACCUUUCAAAAUUGUAAACCUUCCAAAUUAAUUCUUCACUAAUCCCGACCAAACAUUAGUUUUAUGUAGGAUUAGCUUUUUAUACAAAGACAUUCAUUACCAAUAGGUCCUAGAUAUAGAAUUUAGGCGGUUUAGAUAAUAGACUAUAAAAAAGUAUUCAAUAGCCUUUUCUUGUAGAUAAAUUCUGAAAUCUUCUGCAUUAUUUUGACGAUUUCAGUGUGGAUUUUGUAAAUAGGUAAUAUACAAAGCUACAACUUUAUUCAUCUAAAAUGUCUAUAAAAGUUAUGAUUAAUGAGCAAUAAUUAUUAUUAUGUGUAUUUCUCUUUAUAUCAUUUUAUUUCACUGCAAGGGCGUAGGCUGGGGGGGGGGGGUACACGUGCACCCUCCCUCUGAGGCAGAGGAGUUACGACAGUGACAAGCAAAACAAAAUUUGUACCCGUUUCUUCUGCUUUCAACAGCUUAUUUUCCAAAGUGUAGUUCCACCUCCCCAAGAUGUGCGCCCCUCAUACCAGAUUAGUUCCACCUCCCCAGGAUAUGAACUUUCCCAUGCUCACACCAGUCUACGCCCUUGCACUGGUGGUUAUGCAUUUAUGCAUUAAUUUUGUUAGAUGUAUAAUGUAUAUAGGUAUUAUGAUUUUCUGUUACCUUCCAAGAAGCAUUCCAUGCGUACGGUAUUAUGGAUUGCUUUUAUGCAUAAUUUUAUGUCGAUUUUAAACGAGCAAAUAAUUAUCCGCUUGAAAAAAAUAGUCAUAGAUCAAAUUUAAAUUGAUAAGGAAAAUUUUUGACAAUAUAUAAUUUUCUUUUAUGUGUUUGUUUGGGAAGAGGAUGUGAGAGCACCACUAAAAAGGCACUUUCUAAAUACGAUUAAAAUAGAUCACUGUUUGACGAAUAAAAAUAGUGAUAUCGUAUCAUAAUUAAGCCAUUUUUUAUUGUAGACACUAAAAGAAAGAAGCUGUAUAUUUAUAAGAUUAAAAAGUGUGGGCUCAAGUUUAAGAGGUUUAAACUAUUUCAUGACAUGCACAUUUUCCCUUACUCUCGCGCUUGUUUACACAUUAUUACGCAAAUCAAUGCACCAGAGUCACCAAUUCAUCGAGGUUAGUGCAAAGUGCUAUAAACUUUUAUCUAUCGAAGAUAGUAUAUAGUUCAUCGAACUUUUCUGCUCGGGUAACUGAUGGACAAACAAAUGGCGUUUCAUCACAUCAACUUUUUACCAAAACAAGUACUAAGAAGGUUCGUAUUAAAAAGGAAUAUGAUUAUACUUAGCGUUUCGGGAACGUAAUAUUUUGUUCCGCCAUUUUCCUUAAUCAUGCUAAUAUUAUUUCAUAAUCGUGUUAUUGUUUUAUACAUCAAGUCGGGUUAUUACAGUAGGUAUAACAUAAUAUAAUUAUGAAUCUUGUCAUACCAUUUCAUUUAUGUAGAUAUAGUACAGCUCCCUAGAAAUUCCAGUCAUGUUAUACUAAUCUAUUAGAUAGACAAUUCUAUUUUGGAAUAGACCUGUAUAAAGACCAAACACGAAUGGAAUGAGUUUGUUGAAUGAGUCACAUUUUGCUUGUUAUGAUGGAUUAAUAUUAACUUAUUUCAAGCUACUUGUGUGAAUUAUAUCGUUUCUUGAAAAUAAAAUUUCGAACAUAUUCUA